AUGUUUUCCCAGUUCAGUAAGAAAACAUCUCGAGAAAGAGUGCGUAACAAGGAUGCAAAGGGCAGUAGAAUUGCAGGUGCCAGAGAAAAUAUAGAGUCAGGAUCUAGAACAGUGCUGCGCCAGAAAACUCUGUCUGCGUUUUUUGCCAAAAAGCCCCCCAAAGAGAGCGAUUCGACGCCAUUAGCCGCCGAUCGUAGAAGCGCUCUAGUGCCACGCGGAAGGCCACUCUUUCACUCUCAGGGUUCUUUCGAGGAAGAAGAGGCGGAUGCUGAUAUCCAACGGCUGAUCAACGAAAAACCGCUCAAUAACUUCAAGAGCCUUUCGCGCACGUCGUCUGGUCUCGGAGCGGGACCCACGGAGGCCACAAGCGCAACGGAAACGUGGGAAUCCGUAUCUUCGAAGUUCACAACUUCCACUCAGGACAGCUUAGGAUCUUCGACCCUGAUUUUUGAGGAGGACGCGGAGUUCGUUUCGUCCACGCAGAGAACCGCGCCCAAACGGCCUGCGGCGACCCAGUUCGGUUUUUCGCUCGGCAAGCGAGUCAAGCCUAUUCGGCCUGUCUCUACAAAUUCAUUCAAUUCUUCUUCCUCUAGUCAGGGGAAAUUCGAGCUCACUGCCGAGCAACGAGCCGUAAUCAAUCUCAUCGUGUGGAAACGCAAAAACGUGUUCUACACGGGUUCGGCCGGUACCGGUAAGUCUGUGGUUUUACGCGAGGUUGUCAAGCAGCUUCGGGCGCGUUAUGGUGAGUCUGCAGUUGCCAUUACAGCCUCAACAGGUUUAGCUGCGGUUAACAUCGGCGGUGUCACGAUCAACAGGUUUUCAGGAAUAGGCAUCGGUAAGGGAACAGUUCAAAAACUGGCAGCGCAAUUGAAACGGAAUAAGACAAACAGUGAAAGAUGGAAGCGUACUGCCGUUUUGAUCAUCGAUGAAGUAUCGAUGAUUGAUGGUAAUUUUCUGGAUAAAAUGGACUUAGUUGCCAGAGACAUACGAAAAGUUCCGGAUAAGCCUUUCGGCGGUGUACAAGUGGUACUUACCGGGGAUUUCUUUCAACUUCCACCUGUAGCUGACAGGGAUCCAUCUGUACCAAAACCUCCAUUUUGUUUUGAAAGCAGAGUUUGGAGAGAGGCCAUCGACAACACAAUCUGUCUAACUCAAGUUUUCCGGCAAAAGGAUGAAGAACUCAUCAAUUUACUCAACAGCAUUAGAUUCGGAGAUGUCACUCCUGAACUAGCGAAGAUGAUCAAGUCAUUUGAAAGGGAUGUGGAGUACACUGAUGGUAUAUUGCCCACCGAGUUGUAUCCUACCAGACGAGAAGUCGAUCUUUCGAAUAAAAGAAUGCUGGAUCGGUUACCUGGGGAAAUUAAGGUAUUCGAGGCUCAAGACCAGGCUACAAGUGAUAAUCCGCAGCUAUUGAAAGUUUUGGAGUCAUUGAUGGCCGAAAAGAAAUUGGCAUUGAAGGAAGAAGCGCAAGUUAUGAUGAUCAAGAACUUUGAUGAAACACUGGUGAAUGGUUCAGUUGGUAAAGUUCUAUAUUUCACUACAGAGGCUCUUCAGCAAAAAAUGUUGGAACUGUAUCCUUCGACAAAACUUGGCGACCCAGAUCUUGUGCUAGAUAUGAGGUUGAUAUAUCGGUGUAUUGGUUUACACCAUAGCACAUAUAGUAGAGAAACCCAAUUGGAUAUCAAUUCCAGACCAGUACAUCGCCAGGAUAACUUGAUGGUAUUACUAAGUAUAGCGGAAAAAGAGGAUAAACAAUUGGCAUUCCCUAUGGUACGAUUCACCACACCCUCUAAUGGUUAUAGGUACGAGCACGUUAUUCCUGUUGAUUUUACAAUAGACAUCCCAGCACAAAAGUCUAGUGUCAGCAGAGUGCAAUUACCAUUGAUAUUAUGUUGGGCUUUAUCCAUCCAUAAGGCGCAAGGGCAAACUAUUGACAGAUUAAAGGUGGAUUUAAGGAAGGUGUUUGAAGAGGGUCAAGUUUACGUGGCUCUUUCAAGAGCGGUGUCAAAGGAUAGAUUGCAAAUUGUUAAUUUCCAACCUCGCGUGAUAAAGGCGAACCAAAAAGUGAAGGAGUUUUAUAAAACAUUAGAAAGGAUUGGAUCCUGA